UUUUAUUAACUUUAAAGACCGUCCAGUGAUUUUACGCUAUACUAGGGGUUUCUUUCCUUGUCCUAUCAUCAUAUUAAUUUCAAUUAAAAUAGGAUGAAAGAAACUGAAUCGUAAACAAUCGUGCAACUUCGUAUUUCUUAACAUUCUUACAUAAAAUUACACAAUAUAAUAUUCUUAACAUUUAAUAAUUAUUGUUUUUCUUUAUAUUUUCUCCAACUUUUCACUAAAAUGGCAAGUACAAAGUUACGAGAAGCAGCUUUAAAAUCGCCCAAACAGCUGUACAAAUUUUUGCUGCGAGAAUGUGAAAAAUUACCAAAAGAAGCACAAGGAUUUUAUAGACAUUCGGUUAAGCAGAGUUUUAAACAGCAUUUAAUCGAACCAGAUGAGGAGCGUAUUCAGCAAAUUAUGAAAAAGGCAGUACAAGAUGCAGAAUGGAUUGUUAAAAAGUACUCAAAGCAGGAAGAAACAAGUAAACAAACAGACUAACAUGUAUAUAAAGAUAGUAUUCACAUUGUAGAUGCAUUCUAUAAAUUAUCCUCUAAAGAAAGGAUUUGCAAUUGUAUCAUGUAAAAUAUGGAUUUCAAAACCAUAAUACGUGAUCAAAGUGGAAUUAA